CAUCAUCCUCCUCUUCCUCCUCCUCCACCACCUCCUCCUCUCUCCUCUCUCCUCUCUCCACUGCGGAUCCUCGGCCUGUUUUCUCCCGUACCUCCUCCAGCGGCAGACCCCGGCUCGUCAUGGACAACUCCGGCAAAGAGAAGGAGGCCAUGCAGCUGAUGGCUGAAGCCGACAAGAAGGUCAAAAAUUCCGGAUCGUUCCUGGGAGGAAUGUUCGGGGGGAACCACAAGGUGGAGGAUGCUUGUGAAAUGUACGCCAGAGCAGCCAACAUGUUUAAGAUGGCAAAGAACUGGAGUGCUGCAGGCAAUGCGUUCUGUCAGGCCGCCCGGCUCCACAUGCAGCUCCAGAACAAACUGGACUCUGCCACCAGCUUCGUCGAUGCCGGCAACGCCUACAAGAAGGCCGACCCCCAGGAGGCCAUCAACUGUUUAAACCAGGCCAUCGACAUCUACACCGACAUGGGUCGUUUCACCAUCGCAGCCAAACAUCACAUCACUAUAGCGGAGGUUUACGAAUCUGAGCUGGUUGAUAUUGAAAAGGGCAUUGCUCACUAUGAGCAGGCAGCAGAUUACUACAAGGGAGAAGAAUCUAACAGCUCAGCCAACAAAUGUCUCCUGAAGGUCGGACACUACAGCGCUCAGCUGGAGCAGUACCCCAAAGCUAUCGAAAUCUACGAACAGGUUGCUAUGAACACCAUGGACAAUCCUUUGUUGAAGUACAACGCUAAAGAGUAUUUCUUCAAGGCCUCGCUGUGUCACUUCAUAGUGGACGAACUGAAUGCCAAGUUGGCCCUUGAGAGAUACGAGGAGAUGUUUCCAGCUUUCUCAGACUCCAGAGAGCUCAAACUGUUAAAGAAACUCCUAGAAGCCCACGAGGAGCAGAACUGCGAGGCGUUCACGGAGGCCGUCAAGGACUUCGACUCGGUGUCUCGUCUGGACCAGUGGCUGACCACGAUGCUGCUCCGCAUCAAGAAGACCAUCCAGGGAGACGCCGGGGACCUGAAAUAG